AUGAUCUGCCGCCGCUGCCGGACCAGCAUCCUCUCCCAGCUCCAACCGCAACCCACAGUUUCAUGGUCAGCAUCAUCAUGUGCACGCCAGCUUCCCAUCCAGCGCAGCCAAUUCCGGAACUACAGUGACGGCACACCCACAGUAUCGGCCACACCUCCUCCGCCCGUCCCCCGGCAGCCCGUCGGCGGCGACAUCACGAUCCCCUCGGCCAUCUCGUCCGCUACACCGGGCGUGUCGCAGCCUCUGAGUACUCCCGAAGGCGUCCACGUGGACGUCAACCCCGAGAAGCCCGUGAAGCCGGCCGCCGAGCGGACGCCUAGCAUUGCGCCUGCGGGCACGAAGCUGAACGGUCUCAACUACUUCAAGAACAAACCGGAUGUUUUUGCCUUGGAGGACUCGGAGUAUCCCGAUUGGUUGUGGGAGUUGUUGGAUGAUAGUUCGAAGGCGAAGAAGGAGGGCGGGGUGGAUCCGAGCAGUAUGUUCUUUUUCUUUGCUUUGGUUUGUGGUGAGGUUCGUGCUAAUGCUGUCCCCCCAGCUCUGAACAAGAAGCAGCGCAAACGCUACGAGAAGAAAAUGGCUGCUCGUGCUGCGACGCUUCCCCCUCAGAUUCCGGUCCACCAUCACGCUACCGAUAUCACACCUGCGCAGUAUAAUCUCGAGGGGGCGUCUGAAGACCUUGUCGCGUUGGCGGCUGAGAGCAUUGAGAAACGGACGGAGAUCACAAAGAGCGCGAGAGAUGCUCGGAGGAAGGCUAUCCGAGAGGCGAACUUCCUGCGUGGUCUGUGA